ACUUUCACUUUCACAGCCUCAUGAAAUCUAAAGAUCAAGAGUAGGCUAGGCGAUGAGCCACACGGGGAUUUAGCAUAUCUCAUUUGAACUUAAUUGUAUUUAUAAUCCAAACAAAUGUACAAUAUGCCCAAACUAAUGCUCAUCAGAUUGUGCUUCUGGCUUUGUCUUGCACGAACUGUAGUCUCUGGAGAUGAUCUUUAUCAUAAAGUGGGAGGGGAGGUCUUGUUGAAACCAGACAAGUCCACAGUGCCUGGCCCCAUCACAAGCAUCCUAUGGAAGCAUGGGAAGAACAAGGUGGCAGAGUGGGACAAGGAUUUUGGUGGUCUGGAAAUCUAUGCUGCCUUCAAAGAGCGCACAACCCUGAACCAGGCUACUGGAGAGCUGAGAAUCAGAGGAUUGACGAAAACAGACAGUGGAGUUUAUUCUGUGGAGUUCAAUGGCAAACUGCUUGACAAGACAUAUAAACUAUCUGUUAUCAAGGAAGUCCCCAAACCCACAAUCACUUCUUCCUGUAACACCAACAAAACCUCCUGCACUCUGACCUGUGAAGGUGACACCACUGAUGCUGAACCCGUCACCUACAACUGGAAAGUGGGAGAGGGGGCGUGGGAGGUCUUAGACAAACAUCAUACUGUCUCUAAGAGCGACACUGGCAAUUCAAACAGCGGUUCCAAGUACUUAUGCAAGAUGAAGAACUCUGCUGGGGAAGGGGAAGUCAGCGAGCCAGUUGGACAGGUGUUUGGCCCAGAGGCAGUCCCCAAACCCACAAUCACUUCUUCCUGUAACGCCAACAAAUCCUCCUGCACUCUGACCUGUGAAGGUGACACCACUGGUGCUGAACCCGUCACCUACAGCUGGAAAGUUGGAGAGGGGGCGUGGGAGGUCAUUGGAAAACAUCUUACUGUCUCUAAGAGCGACACUGGCAAUUCAAACAGCGGUUCCAAGUACUUAUGCAAGAUGAAGAACUCUGCUGGGGAAGGGGAAGUCAGCGAGCCAGUUGGACAGGUGUUUGGCCCAGAGGCAGUCCCCAAACCCACAAUCACUUCUUCCUGUAACGCCAACAAAACUUCCUGCACUCUGACCUGUGAGGGCAACACCACUGAUGCUGAACCCGUCACCUACAACUGGAAAGUUGGAGAGGGGGCGUGGGAGGUCAUUGGAAAACAUCAUACUGUCUCUAAGAGCGACACUGGCAAUUCAAACAGCGGUUCCAAGUACUUAUGCAAGAUGAAGAACUCUGCUGGGGAAGGGGAAGUCAGCGAGCCAGUUGGACAGGUGUUUGGCCCAGAGGCAGUCCCCAAACCCACAAUCACUUCUUCCUGUAACGCCAACAAAACCUCCUGCACUCUGACCUGUGAAGGUGACACCACUGAUGCUGAACCCAUCACCUACAGCUGGAAAGUGGGAGAGGGGGCGUGGGAGGUCUUAGACAAACAGAUGAAUGUCUUUAAGAGCGACACUGGCAAAUCAACCAACAGUUACAAGUACAUCUGCAAGCUGAAUAACUCUGUUAGUGGGGAAGCCAGUGAGCCAGUUGGAGAGGUGUUUGACCCAAAGGCUGUCCCUAAACCCACAAUCACUUCUUCCUGUAACUCCAACAAAACCUCCUGCACUCUGACCUGUGAAGGCGACGCCACUGGUGCUGAACCCAUCACCUACAGCUGGAAAGUGGGAGAGGGGGCGUGGGAGGUCAUAGGAAAACAUAUGGUUGUCUCUAAGAGCGACACUGGCAAAUCAACCAACAGUUACAAGUACUUCUGCAAGCUGAAGAACUCUGCUGGGGAAGGGGAAGCCAGUGAGCCAGUUGGACAGGUGUUUGGCCCAGAGCCUUCUGAAGUUGGUGUUGGUGGUGUUGUUGCUGGUGUUGUCGUUACCAUAUUAGUACUUGUCGCCACUAUAAUAGUUUGGUUGGUGUGGAAGAAAAAAAACGGAUAUCCCCAAGACCCCUGGAUUGACUUUUUGAGAAAGUUUUGUGGUGAAAUGUGUGGCAGUGAUGGAGUCCAGCCAGAACAAGGGGUUACGUUAACGGCCAACCCCAAAACAGGGGAAUACGACAAUGACAAAGCUGUAAAGGGGCAGGAGAAUGGAGCAGAUGAACCCAGUGGAUCCAACAGUCCUAAAGAUGAGUCAAAGCCUGAGGAACAUCAUCUGAAUCUGUUGAGGGCGGCUGACGACAGCUAGUAAAGAAUCCAGUGUUUUAGGAUGGUGGUGGUCUUCCUGGUGCUGAACUGAGGACCACAAAAAUGGGGUUUGAAGUCUCUCAGUACAUGCCUCCAUAUCUGUUACAUUGAGACAAAUGACCAAGAAGAGAGAAACUGUUGAUGUUUUCGAUUAACUAUAAAAUGAAGGAAAACAACAGGCAAACACUGCACAAAGUAACUUUCCUUCAAUCAGAUGAAUCUAAAGUGCUGGAGUACAGAGCCAAAGCAAUGUGAAUUUGAGGUGUUUGAUAUUUAUAUAUUUUCAAUAAAUUGAUAAGUUCUA